AGACACUAGGGUAGUGCACAUGGAGUUGUCCCAAAGGCACGGUCCGUAGAUUUAUCGCCUGUCCGUUCUGCGAUGGGAGAUUUGGAGUUCACCACUGGAUGGCUCCGAGAAGAGGAUGUUGCUAUCCAUGAGGAGGAUUCAGAAAGAAACGCGGAGCAAGCUGAACGAAAUGCCUCGAUGAGGUCCAUGUUGAAACGCCGAAGGGAGGAGACCAAAGACACAUCAGCAGCUGAAGCUCCUGAAGCUUUUAUGGCUGUGAAGAAUUCGGUGAGCUCUCGAAAAAGGGUGGUUGAUGAGGGACAACCACCAUGGUUUGUUGCUCGUCCUCACAUAGAAAAUACCGUUCUGCGUUUGCAUGAAGAGAUCUUGGACUUUGUGGACUUUAUGCAGCAGACCAGGGAGGAGAUUCAUGCUCGAAGGAAAUGGGUACAAAGCAUCAAGGAGGCCUGUGUGGCCUUGUGGCCAGCUUGCAAGGUCUCUGUUUUUGGCUCGUUCUUCACAGGCCUUUCACUUCCCAAUGGUGAUGUGGAUGUGGCUGUGUCAGAAAUACCUUGCAAGUCAGGUUCUGCUAUGAAAAUGCUGGCCGACCACAUGCUGUCAAAGGGGCAGAUCAGUUGGCUAGAAAUCAUCGAAACAGCAAAGGUUCCUGUGAUGAAGGUGCGAUCGCAGUCCUCUGGGCUUCGGGCCGAUGUAGUCUUCAGUCAGCCUGAUGGUUUGCAAUCCUCAAAGUUCAUUCGGUCCAAGGUGAAGGAAUAUCCACAGAUGAAGCCGCUACUUCUCUUCCUGAAAUAUUUCCUUCUUCAACGUGGGCUGCAUGAAACCUACACAGGUGGCAUGGGUUCCUACUUGCUUUGCAAUGUAGUGCUCCACUUUUUGCAAAGGCACCCUUCGUUGAAGAACGGCCGUUUCUAUGCCGGAACCUCACUUGGCCACUUGCUUUUUGACUUCUUGAAAUACUACGGUCAGGAGUUCAACUACACAUCGCAUGGCAUCUCAGUGCUUGAAGGAGGUUCGGUCUUCCCCAAGACGGAACGCUUCCCUGAGAAGAACAAGCGAAGUACCGGUGGUCCAGUGCUUUGCCUUGAAUCCCCGCUGUCCACUUCCAUGGAUCUUGGAGGAGCUUGUUUCCGCAUGCCUGUUUUGCGGAAUCUCUUUCAUCAUGCCUUUCAUUGCAUUUGCCAUUUGAUGGUGACAGGAUCCGCACCAGAGGUGUCAAUGCUGUGUCCGCUUCUGAUCGAUCCAGCUCAUCCCGUGAUCACUGAUCGGUUCAAGCUGAUGGCUGAGCAGCCGGUUGCCUUUGCCGGGCUUCCAAAAUCAAAAUCACAGGAGAUGGAGAAGAAACAAAAGAGGCUUCCUAACGAGAAUGGCCAGGCUCACGACAGUCACAACGACACCAAGCCGCCAGUGAAAAAGCGAAAGAUUCAGCCAACUCAGCCGUUGACCCAACCAACUCAGCCAGUUCAACCAAUCCAGAGAAUACAUGAGGAAGCGGAUGAUGCUACUGCGGCCUUUGGUUUCCAUGAGGAUGUUUCACAAUGGGAUUUGGUCUAAAAA